CAAACUCGUAAAAUGUGCUGUAUCAAUCUCCAAAAUUGUAAAAAUUUGUUACAUUGCGUGAACUUUAGCCAAAAAAUCUUCGUUAUAUCGAGGGGACCAAAAUACAUUUGAUUUUUCGUUAUAGCACGAGGUUUUCAAGGGUCCGACAGUUUUAUACGUUAUAUCGAGAUUUUCGUUUUAUCGAACUUCGUUAUACCGCGAGUUGACUGUAUUAAUAGAAUAUAAUAAUAUGAUUAUAUUAAAACAUUGUUUUAUAAUGUUGGUGCAUCCUGAGAAACUUUUGCCACCCCUGAUAUUUUUUUCGAAUUACGCCAUUGCCAGUACGUGUGUAUCCAUCAUAUGUUAUAUACAGCUGCUCCGGAUCCGGUGUUGUUCAACGUAGACUUGGUGGCGUUGUACGAUAGAAUGUUGGACGCGGAUUGCGACGAAGACUGCGAUUUGGAUUGCGUGGCAACCGUGACGGAGACUGAACGAUGGGAGGCGUACGACAAGUUCCGCGACGUGGUCGAAGCACGGGUCGCACACAACUUGUACCUAUGCAAGUGCAUUGAACUGAAGCAGCGGACGGUGGACGUGGAAGACAACAUCAUCGAGGAGACCACGGAGUUCUGGCUGGACGACAAAAUGAAAGUGAAAGUAUGUAAGACGUUUUUCACUCGCACCCUGGGCCUGCCGGAUGCGCGGUUGAACGCGCUGCUCGAGCCCGAUACCUUCGAGUGGUUCUCCCGGUAUAAGCACCUCUUGAUUGAUCACACGGUUACCGUUAUGGCAGUGACAGCCGUUGACAAUCAUGAUAGAGACGUGGACGAAGAGAGAACGAAGCGUUACUGCGGUAUCGAACAACCCUGUUCCGAGUUUGUGCUGAAUUCCAGGUGA